AUGGUGAAUUGGAUUCUCGGAGACAAGUUCGACACUGUCUACCCUCACCAGGGGUCUAUCAAGGUCCUGUGGGAGUCCAAAUGGAAAUUCUGCUGCUCCAAAUCCAUCUAUCCAUUCCACGAUGGAUCCCUGGAAGACUUCGAGCCUAUUUUCCAAAAGCUAAUUGCUGAAAACAUCAACGACGCAAACACACCAGCCUACACCGAAGCCUUCCUCCCAACCGCUACAGCGUUAGAGAACGAAGCCGCAACAGCCCUCAACAAGGGUGACCUCUCCCACGCCGCGGACCUCUACCGUCGCGCAGCAGUCAUCCUCCGCAUCUCACGCUUCCCCUACGUAAGCCCAUCAACCCGUCCAGAGACAUCCAUCAAGCGGGUGGCCUUCAAUCGCCAGAAGCAAGUGUACCUGAAAGCGGCUUCUCUAUGGAACCCCAUCAUCACCGAGGAAGUGAUUCCACACACCCACCGCGCCGGCCGCGACGGCGCUGAAAUCCCGCUGUACAUCCGAGUGCCGGAGGAAGCGAGUGCCGCCAACCGUGUCCCUGUCGUGCUUCUCAUGACUGGGCUUGACGGCUACAGGCCUGACAACAGCCAGCGUACCCACGAGAUUAUCAACCGUGGCUGGGCGGCUGUUAUCGUUGAGAUUCCCGGUACCGCGGACUCGCCUGCGGAUCCAGCUGACCCUGAGUCGCCUGAUCGACUCUGGAACAGCGUUCUGGACUACAUGGAUCGCCGGCCGGAGUUUGACAUGUCGCGCGUCGCAGCUUGGGGACUCAGUGCUGGUGGCUUCUAUGCUAUUCGGGCGUCUUGUACGCACCGUCAGCGUCUUGCUGGUUCUGUUGCUCAUGGACCUGGAUCGCACUUUGUUUUUAGUCCUGAGUGGUUGGCUAAGGCGAAUGACCAUGAGUAUCCAUUUAAUCUUACUUCCGCUAUGGCGGAGAAGUAUGGAUAUGACAGUGAGGAGGAGUUUGUGAAGAACGCUCAGAAGAAGUUCUCGCUCGUGGAGACUGGUGUUCUUGACCAGGAUAACUGCCGGUUGCUUAUGCUCAACGGUGUUGAUGACGGUGUUGUCCCAAUUGAAGACUGCAUUGAGCCUCUCAAGCACGGCGGUCCUAAGGAGAAUCGGUUUUUCGAGAACCGGGUGCACAUGGGAUACCCUGACAGUCUGCCUGUGGCCUACAAGUGGUUGGAGAGUGUACUAUCUCCUAACAAGAAGGAGCUGAAGAACUGA